AUGCCCAUGCUCCGCAAUCCCUCCGAGAAAUAUGAGCCCUUCAUCCCCCCAGACCUGCCCGACAGGACAUGGCCAUCGAGAAGACUCACCAAAGCCCCUCGCUGGCUCGCAACGGACCUGCGAGAUGGAAACCAAGCCCUCGCCUGCCCAAUGAACAUCGAGCAAAAAUGGUCCUACUUCCAGCUCCUCCUAGCCACAGGCUUCAAAGAAAUCGACAUCUCCUUCCCCAGCGCCUCAGAGACCGAGUUCGCAUUCACCCGCCGCGUCGUCGCCUCCGCGCCCGACGACGUCUGGCUGCAGGUCCUCUCCCCCUGCCGGAGAGAGCACAUCCGGCGCACCGUCGACAGCGUAACCGGUGCCAAGAAGGCGAUUAUCAGCCUGUAUAUCGCGUCAAGCGAUACCUUCAUCGAGACGAUGUUUGCAUCUUCACGGGAGGAGGUCCUCCGCACGGCCGUGGACUGCGUGCGGUAUACGCGCGCCAUCACGAAAGAUGAUCCGGCGCAACAAGGCACGAGCUGGAAUCUGAUGUUCAGCCCCGAGGCGUUCUCAGAUACAGAGAGCGAGUACGCAAUUGCGCUCUGCAAAGCCGUCAAAGACGCGUGGGGCCCAGCCGAGAUCCCCAUGAUCCUGAACCUCCCUGCCACAGUGGAGCGCUGCACGCCAAACACCUACGCCGACCAGGUCGAGAUCUUCGCGCGGGCGUUCGCACAGAGCACAGACGUGGUUGUCUCGCUGCACCCGCACAACGACCGGGGUUCUGCCGUUGCCGCUGCAGAGCUCGGCCAGCUUGCUGGCGCGACGAGGGUGGAGGGGUGUCUGUUUGGCAACGGCGAGCGCACGGGGAACGUCGAUCUCGUCACGCUCGCGCUGAACCUGUACAGCCAGGGCGUGGAUCCAGGGCUGGACUUCUCCGACCUCCCGCGCAUCCGGGCAGCGGUUGAACAGAUCACGCACAUCCCCGUGCACAUGCGGGCGCCGUACGCGGGGGACUCGGUGUUCAUGGCGUAUAGCGGGUCUCACCAGGAUGCGAUCAACAAGGGGUUUAAGAAGUGGAGGGGGCCUGGCGAUGGGACGGGGAGGGCGCUGUGGAAAGUGCCGUAUCUGCCCAUCGACCCGGCGGAUAUCGGGGCGACGUACGAGGCUGUGAUCCGCGUGAACUCGCAGAGUGGGAAGGGGGGCGUGGCGUGGGUUUUGCAGCGGACGCUGGAUCUGGAGCUGCCCAAGGAGUUCCAGGUGGUGUUUUCCAAGGUCGUCAAGGCUGAGUCGGAGGGUGUGGGGAGGUGGCUGACGGAGGCGGAGAUCACGCAGUCGUUCUUUCGGCAUUAUGCUGUGCUUGAGAAGGAUGUGCGUAUUGUUGCGUGUGAGGUCUCGCCCAAGGAAGACGGGGGACGAGUGACGGUCGAGGCGAUUGUCCUUGUCCGAGGGCGGCCGCGGGAAGUUAGGGCUAGCGGCGAGGACGCGGCCGAUGCGGUUUCCUUUGCGUUUUCUUCGCUGGCCGGGCUGAAUCUGGAGUUUGAGACGGUGCAGAGACGUAUUCAGCCAGACGGGCAGGCGGCACUUGUCAUGGCCCUGGUCAAGUGCAGGGGUCGCUGGCGGGCGAGGGCAGCGGAGCGUGGAGAUCUUGCGGUGGCAUUGGCCUGUCUAUCUUCUGCUUUGGAUCUGCAGGAAGACCUGCCGGCCGACCGUCAAUUCAUGAGACUCUUGCCGAUUGUGCAGGUCAUGUCGUGA